UCCUAUUCCGGUUAAGUGAUUUUAUUGUGAAAUCACACAGGAAGCGCGCGGUACGGUUGACAGCAGCUUAACAGCAAACUCCGUUCUCUCGGUGAAGUACAAGUCCUGUCAAAAGCAAAAGUGGAGCAGAAAGGCGAUUUUGUUAGAUGUAUGUCUGCAGUUUCAAAUGCCACCAAGGCUCAGUCCGACAAGUGAUGCCAUCCGUCAUGUUCUCUCAAAGACGGACAAAACUUCAAAACUGGAAGUUAAAUACAUAAAUGCAGAGAAAGGACGAGGAGUAUUUGCCACAAGCAAAUUUCCCAGAGGAGAAUUUGUAGUGGAGUACCGGGGUGAUAUGAUCAAUGAUGUUGAAGCCCAAAGAAGACGAAAGGUUUUCCACCAUCGUGUACUGCCUUUUUUUUUUUGCUUUCAAGUGGCGAGGGAAAUUUUGGUGCAUUGAUGCCUCAAGAGAGGAUGAAUCAUUGGGGCGACUUCUUAAUGAUCAGCACAAAGGCCCUAACUGCCGAAUGAAAAAGAUUGAUGUGGAUGGGAUGCCGCACUUGUGCCUAUUUGCUAUCAAAGACAUAAAUGAGGGGGAUGAAAUCACCUACGACUACGGAGGGGAUGACUGCCCAUGGAGAAGUCAAGCAAGCACACAUGCUAAACAUGACCCUCGUGUGGAUGGCUCCCAUGCUGAUGUCCCUCCAGGGCCACAGAUGGAUGAUGACUCCACAUCCAAUCAACAGGCAAGCACACAAGCUCAACAUGACCCUCGUGUGGAUGGCUCCCAUGCUGAUGUCCCUCCAGGGCCACAGGUGGAUGAUUACACCCAUGACGUCAUGUCCAUAGAACAGGCAAGCACACAAGCUCAACAUGACCCUCGUGUGGAUGGCUCCCAUGCUGAUGUCCCUCCAGGGCCACAGGUGGAUGAUUACACCCAUGACGUCAUGUCCAUAGAACAGUCAAGCACACAAGCUCAACAUGACCCUCGUGUGGAUGGCUCCCAUGCUGAUGUCCCUCCAGGGCCACAGGUGGAUGAUUACACCUAUGACGUCAUGUCCAUAGAACAGAGUGAGACAAAAUUCCAAAAUGAAGACGAGAUUGCUGUCCCAAGACUUAGACGGACAAAAAGUAUCAUUAUGAUAAACACAGAUUUUGAAGACUUGAGUGAGUUAUACGACUCUACAUCAGAGAGUGGCGAUGAGUAUGUGCCAGAUUCCACGUCUGAAAGUGACGAAAGUGAUGUCAGCAUUUCAACAACUGAAAGGAAACAAAGGUGGCCAGUGGGUGAAUUAUUUUCUGACUCUGAAGUGGUGACUCCAGUAUGUGACUCCACAACAGUAGGUGACUCCACAACAGUAGGUUACUCAACGACACCAGACCUUGAAAACUUGAGAACAAACAUCAGUACAUGUGAUGUCAGUACAGACGAAGAACCCUGCUCAAGUCAAGAUGCAACUGACACCAUACUUGUGCAAGCUUCACAAAAGAGGCAUGGAAAAAGAGUUUACAACAAACGACAGUAUUGCUUAUAUUGCAAAAAAGCAAAUGCAAAAAUGGCCAGACAUCUAGAACGUGCACACCACGAUAAAGUUGAUGUGGCUCAAGCUAUAAGUUUACCAAAGGGUUCCUUGGAGAGAAGAAAACUGCUUGACUAUAUUCGCAACAGAGGCAACUAUGCCCACAACGCUGCUGUGCUGGAGUCAGGGAGAGGAGAGUUGGUUCCAUUUAAACGCCCGAAUAAAGAUGCACAGGGGAAGGAUUUCAUGCAUUGUGCAUACUGCCAAGCUCUUUUCACACGAAAAGUCCUGUGGCGACAUAUGCGAAUUUGCAAACUUAAGCCUUCAUCGAUACCUGUCAAACCAGGAAAAAAUCGUGUUCAGUCUAUGUGUACAUUCAUGCAGCCUGUGCCAUCACACAUCGGGAAACAGAUGUGGGGAGUUAUCAGUGCCAUGGUUGCUGAUCCGAUCACUGAUGCUGUGAAAAAAGACAAUGUCAUCAUCCAUGUUGGGCAGCACCUGUUGAACAAGGGUGGGAUGUCAGCCAAGAAUCAACAGUGUGUGCGUGACAAAAUGCGAGAAAUGGGAAGACUGGUUCAUAAUGCCAGAAAAGUUACCCCCUUAAAAACAGUGGAGGAUUUCAUAAAUCCAAAGAAUUACUUGCAGGUGAUCAAAGCUGUCAAGGUGACUUGUGGCUAUGACAGUGAUUCUCACAAAUUCACAAUACCAUCACUUGCCAAGAAAAUUGGCCAUACAUUGGUCAAAGUCAGCAAACUCCUAAAAGCUCAGGGCUUGAUCAUGAACAACCAUGAACUUGUGAAAAAUGCCACUGAGUUUCAGGAAGUCCACAACGAAAGGUGGAAUGAAAUGAUUUCUGCGACAGCACUACGUAACCUCAAUGAAGCAAAGUGGAAUGUUCCCACUCUGAUGCCGUUCACAGAAGAUGUGCAGAGACUGCACCAGUUUCUCAGUCAAAAGCAAGAGGAGUACUGCAAAGAACUCUCUGAAAGUCCUUCCACAAAGACCUGGAUAGACUUGGCAAAGGUGUGCUUAGCACAGAUCAUCCUCUUUAACCGUCGCAGGGAAGGAGAAGUGGCAAGCAUGCCCUUGUCUGCAUUUUUGUCAAGAGACGAGUCUGAUCAUCACCAGGAUUUGGACUGGGCACUGUCAGAAGUAGAGAAAAGACUCUGCAAACAUUUCACAAGGAUUGUGAUCAGGGGAAAAAGAGGUAGACCGGUUCCUAUUCUUGUGACUCAGAAAAUGCUCAGUGCACUGGAACUCCUGGUUUCAGAGAGAGAGGCUUGUGAGGUACUCAAAGAGAAUUGCUACAUGUUUGCAAGGCCAGCUGCUAAAACGCAUCUCCGUGGUUCGGACUGCCUCCGUGCUUUUGCAGUAGCAUGUGGUGCAAAGUGUCCCAAGGCACUGACCUCCACCAGGCUGCGGAAACAUGCUGCAACACUCUCAACGGUUCUCAACAUGACGGAUACAGAGAUGGACCAGUUGGCUAACUUUCUUGGGCAUGACAUUAGAGUCCAUCGUGAGUUUUAUCGACUACCUGAGAAAACACUGCAGCUUGCCAAGGUUAGCAAGCUUCUCAUGGCCCUUGAGCAAGGAAGAUUGGCUGAGUUCCAUGGCCAAAACCUGGAUGAAAUCACAAUAGGGCCAGAUGACAUGGUCAUUUGUCCUGUUGAGACUGAUGAGACAGCUAAAACCAGGGGACGACACGAUUCAUCUCAAGAAGAGACUCUUCCACUGACAGAAGAAGAAGGCCCCCCACUGACAGAGGAAGAAGGCCCCCCACCAACACGCAAGAGAGAUACACCAUCAGCAGCAGAAGAUGACCGUGUCGGAGCCGCAACACCUGUUGAAGAAUCAUCAGCAGAGGUGAGGAAUGCAGUCCCAUCAGUGAGCAAGAGGAGCAAGCCACUUUCUGGAGAUGAUGACCGGCUCACAGCUGUGAUGUCUGUCAAAGGUAAAGCUCCCAGGAAAAGAAAACCAUGGCAGGACGAAGAGGUAAAAGCCGUUGAAAAGCAUAUGAAGCGGUUCAUCACUUCAUGCAUCGUCCCUUCAAAGAGAGACUGUGAAAAGUGUCUAAGAGCUGAGCCAGCAGCUCUCAAUAAUCGGGAUUGGCAAAUGUUAAAAUAUUAUGUAUACAACCGCAUCACAGCGUACAAAAAGAAAGUCCAGCAUUCCUAAUGUUUAAAAAAGGCUGAUUCUGCUAGUUUUGUGAGCAGUGCUUUGCUUAUGUCUUAUGUUAUGGUUAUUUUCACUGUUUUUCUUAGCUUGAUACUUGAAAGCUUAAAGUUGGGGCCAACGUGGCAGGCCAUCUGUUUAUUAAACAGUGACAAUUAUUUCAAUUGA